GUUAAUAGGAAGUUACAGGUUUUGUUGCUGCUGGACAAACAGACCGAUACCAGAGGAGCCAGACUGUAGCAGCCUCACAUUACUACCAGGUGUUUGUGCAGGGCUGUGAUUGUUGUCCAUACCUCUGUCAAAGACAAGGCUGACAGUAAGACCAUGUUUCCACCACUGUACCAAAUCCCAAAGGCUCUUUGUCGCCAUGCAGAGCACUGCUCAGUGUACGAGAGGCUGAUGACGACGGAUGUCACAACAGCUUUUGGGACUCUGCAGAUCAUGGUGGGCCUGUUCAACAUUGGUCUAGGACCAGGACGGAUAAGCCUACAACCUGGGGAUUUGACCAAUUUGGGAGCUGCUUACUGGCUUGGUGCUGUGUUCAUUGUAACUGGAAUCAUGACGAUGUUGGCCGGACAGUUUCCUUCUUCCUGCUUGGUGGGCUUCACUGUGUUUAUGAACAUUUGUGGAGCUAUCUUUGCCAUUACUGCCAUUGUGCUGUAUGCUAUUGACCUAAGCAACUCCUCCUUCCUCUGGCUGUGUGACCUCACGAGGUACAAUGUUGAUCCUUAUCAAGAGAACUGCAGAAAUGUGGCACUUUUUGCCCAGAGUUUGUUGAGAUCCAUGGACAUUACGCUGAUCGCCGUCGCUGUUCUUCAGCUGUGUGUCAACAUUAGGUUUUCUGUUCUGGGCAUCAAGGCUUUGUGUGAGAAGGAAGAAGAGGGUGGCAGAUAUGUUGAAGAUCACCAGGCCGAGUUGAAAGAUGUCCCUCUGAUCAGUCCUGGUCCUGGUGCUCCAUAAUUUCAACAUGUGGAUUAAUGACUACAUAUAGGCAACACGUCUGUAAUACUUUUAAAGCACUCGCUGAGAGUAAUCAAAACAAUUUUAUAUUACAUAUAUAUCAAAUCUAUAUCUUUUUUGUGUAUGUGUUUGUAAUUUUUCUUGCAGGUGAAUUAUGUUUUUGAAAUGGGAUUUUUCAUCACAAAUUAAACUCUGUUCAUCUAAACUGUAGAGGGAGAUGAAAUAUGUUAAAAACAGAAAUAUUUGUAUGGUUGGAUACCAAUUGGGAAAACUGUUAUUUGUAAUUAUUUGUGUGUACUGACUGUCUCUCUGCACCUGAGCUUUCAUGGCCAUUCAAGUUAAAUUGUGGAAGUAAUCCCAGACAACAUGAUGGAUGUACAAACCACGUUCCACGUCCUAAAGUACGCCGUCUCAAAAAUCACUUCAUGAGUUUAUACACAAACUGUUCAAAUUAAAAGUCAUGAUGGUGCCUUUGAUGAUCUGUUUUACUUAUUGUCUGUUUUAAUAUUGUAUAUCAACAUGGAAUAAAAAAUAAUAUAAAGCUCAAACAAUCAAUGUC